AUGAGUGGAUCUGUUCCUAUGGAUGUGGAUACUACAGUUGUUGAGACUAAGAAGGAUUCUUCAACGGCUUCUUCACAGUUGACUAAUACUACACCUCUUCAUGCUCCGAAAAAUGUAGAAGAAAUGACUGUUCAAGAGGGGAAAGAACAUCAUCGUAGAAAAGGAGAGGAAGAAUAUAUCAAAAGUCUUCAAUCAAAGGUUUGCUUUUGAAAUUUUUAAGUUUUUUAAAUUAUUCUUUAUUCCAGACUGAUAUUCUAAUUACAAAGCUUCAAAGAGCUCAAGAAUAUAAGAAUAAUGAAGUGGAGCGUCUCAAUAAACGUCGAGAAGUUUACGAUAACAAAAUAAAGGUACUUUAGUAAUUAACUAUUUCAUAAGUGAUUGAUCUUUUUUUUCAGGUAAAAGAUGAUCGUAAAAAUACUGGUAGUAAUAUUCGUAAGCGUCAACGUGAUGAGACAGAUGAAAAAGAACAGGUUCUCGAAGCUCUAAGAGCAAGAAAGAAGACACAAAAGGAAUUAAAGGAUAUACAAAUUCCUACCAAAUAG